AUGGUAUUGGGCUUCGCCGGCGCCGGAGGCGGCGAUCGCGGAUGGGCGGCGGGGGCCGCGGGUGCUAGUGGCGGCGGAGUCGGAGGGGUCGGUGCUCGCGUCGGUCUCCGGGGAGGAGGUGUUGCAGGAGCAGGAGGAGCGCGGGGGGAUGAAGCAGGGGAAGGGGGGGAGGAAUGGGCUGCUGCCGAGCUCGCUGCGGAUCAUAUCGUCCUGCCUCAAGACGGUCUCGUCCAACGCCGGCUCCGUCGCCUCCACGGUGCGCUCCGCCGGGGCCUCCGUCGCCGCCUCCAUCGCCCCCCAGGCCGAGGACGAGAAGGACCAGUUUUGUGGGCUGGAUUUGACAAAUUAGAGCUUCGUGCGUCAUCUUUCAAGCAUGUUCUGCUCGUUGGCUACUCUAACGGGUUUCAAGUGCUUGAUGUUGAGGAUGCUGCAAAUGUUUGUGAAUUGGUCUCAAAACGCGAUGGUCCAGUUACCUUUUUACAAAUGCAACCCACACCACUUUACUCUGAAGAAACUGAAGGAUUUAGGGCAUCACAUCCUAUGCUUCUGGUUGUUGCUGGGGAUGAGACAAAUGGCUUGGGUAUGGUUCAGGGUGGUCGUUUAAGUGCACUGAUCAGGGAUACAAGCACUGAACCUCAAUCUGGAAACUGCAUUUCUACCCCAACAGUUGUUCGCUUCUACUCUUUGAAGUCUCACACCUAUGUACAUGUUCUCAGAUUCCGGUCUGCUGUAUAUAUAGUUCGUUGCAGCCCCCGGGUUGUGGCCGUAGCACUUGCAGCGCAAAUCUACUGCUUUGAUGCUGUAACUCUUGAGAACAAGUUCAGCGUCUUAUCAUAUCCUUUACAAGGGGCACCUGGAGCAAACAUUGGGUAUGGUCCAAUGUCUGUUGGCUCAAGAUGGUUAGCUUAUGCUCCCAAUGGUCUUGUAUUAUCCAGCACUGGUCGUCUGAGCCCACAGAACCUCACACCUUCUCCAGGAGUGAGCCCAUCUACUUCUCCUAGCAAUGGAACCUUAGUUGCUAGAUAUGCAAUGGAGUCCAGUAAGCAAAUAGCUGCUGGUAUAAUCAAUCUUGGUGAUAUGGGGUACAAAACACUGUCAAAGUACUGCCAAGAACUGCUGCCUGAUGGUUCUAAUUCUCCUCUGUCAUCAAGUCCAGGAAGGAGAUCCGGCAAACUUCCCUCCACUGUGCAUCCACUUGAAGCUGACAAUGCGGGAACGGUUAUCAUCAAGGAUGUUACCUCCAAAGUUGUUAUAUCACAGUUUAGGGCUCACACCAGUCCUAUAUCUGCUCUUUGUUUUGAUCCUAGUGGAACCCUUUUGGUCACAGCCUCUGUUCAUGGCCACAACAUAAAUGUUUUCCGGAUCAUGCCAACCUGCAUUGCUAAUGGCUCAGGUUCAAAACGAUAUGAUUGGGCAUCAUCUCAUGUUCACCUUUACAAACUGUAUCGUGGCAUGACAGCAGCGGUCAUACAGGACAUAUCUUUUAGUCAUUUUAGCCAGUGGGUAUCUAUUGUUUCAGCACGAGGCACUUGCCAUAUUUUUACAUUGUCUCCAUUUGGGGGUGAUUCAAGUUUGCAGCCACAGAAUUCUCACAGUGACGGGCCGCCUCUUGCUCCAUGUCAGUCAAGGCCAUGGUGGUCAAAGCCAUCAUUUCUUAUGGAUCAACAGCUUCAUCCUGUGCCAUCAACUGUGACAAAUUCGGUGGUCAGUAGGAUAAAAAACAAUGGUUCUAGUUGGCUAAAUACAGUCAGCAACGUGGCUGCUUCUGCAAGUGGAAAACUAUCAGUGCCAUCUGGUGCUAUAACUGCUAUUUUUUACAAUUCCAUUUACAAAGGUUCUCUGCCGGCUCCGUCGAAGGCUAAUGCUUUGGAGCAUUUAUUGGUGUAUUCACCGUCUGGUCAUGUUAUUCAACAUGAACUUCUGCCUUCUUCGGGUUCUGAAUCCUCUGAUAACAGCCCAACAGUUGGGCCUGGCAGCCAUUUGCAGCUCCAAGAUGAUGAGUUGCAUGUCACCGCUGAGCCAGUUCAAUGGUGGGAUGUUUGUCGUCGGACAAACUGGCCUGAAAGAGACCAGGACAUUGCAAAUGUUGUAUUCCACAACCAACUAAACAGGAUGAUGACACCGGACACUUCUGACUGUGAGGAUAGUGACCAUUCUGAUUUCACUCCAUCAAAUGAUGGUGUAUCCAGAAAAGAGGUUAUGAAAGUUAAAGAAAGAUCAAGCUGGUAUCUCUCAAAUGCAGAGGUUCAGAUAAGCUCAUGGCGGAUUCCCAUAUGGGAGAAGUCUAAGAUUUGCUUCUACCUGAUGGAUCAUCCUGCUACAGAGUCAGGGGAAGCUGUUAGCGUUCAUGGUGGGGAAAUUGAGAUUGAAAAGCUGGCUCUUCAUGAGGUUGAACUCAGGAGGAGGGAACUGCUCCCUGUGUUUAAGCAGUUCCACUAUCCUGAGCAAAAUAGCAACCUUGCAAGCCGACAAUUUCAGAAUGCAUUAUCCGCCAUUGACAACACACAGUAUAGCUCGGCAAAGGAUAGUGAUGCAUAUGGACCCAAACCAGUGCCUCAUAUAUCUGGAUUUUACACUGAUAUGAGAAAAACAGAGAACAUGAAUGGUUUAGCUGGGCAGUUAUUUUCUGGACCUAUUCCUGCUGUGGAUAUGCUGCCAAAGGAAAAGUGCAAUUCUAUUGGAUCUCCUGAAGCUAGAAAUUUGACUGCCAAUCACAAAGUAGAUAAUGGGAGCAUUGGCUAUGUGUCUACACCAAAUGGAACAAAUGCAUCCACCAUCAUGCCUCAGUCUAUAGAGGGUGUGGAUUGUUUACCAUCACACAUCAGACCAUUGAGCAACUAUUCCCUCUUGGAUGGACCUCUUGAUAAUGGAUCACCUUCUCCCGCAAGUAACGAAUCAUGCGGGCCUGAAAUAACCAAUAAUUCUCUAGUCAGCAAUGGUGCCAUUACUGAUAUCCCAAGUGGAGGUCACACGGGCGUCUAUUCUGGACAGAAUGAAACACCUGGUUCUCAGAACUCUGGAGAGUUUACCCAGUAUUUCCAAGAGGGCUAUUGUAAAAUAUCAGAACUCGAUGACUGCCGUGAGUUAACUGAAGCUGUUACUGAUGCUGACAGCAGCAGCAGCCACUGCGAGAGAGAGAAGCCCGAGGAAGAUGGGGACAACGAUGACAUGCUUGGAGGGGUUUUCGCCUUCAGUGAAGAAGGUUGA